GCGGGAACGGGUGGGCGGUGGCCUUUUCCGCGCCUGAGUAGGGAAUUCUGGCUGAUCGCUCUUUAAUCUAUAACGUCAUGGUUUGUGUCGAUACAGAAGUUGAUUUGCUUUGAGGAUAUUCCCCCCGCAACAGAAUAUGUUCCCAUUUUUUGUGGGCUUUGAAAACCGGAAGAAAGGGGCUUGUGAAAGGUCUUUUUUGCCAUUUGGGAAUUGAAUUAAGCUAUGGAACCAUCACAAGUUCCGUGGGGUUACAGUUUCAUAGGGUUAACUGGAUGGAGUUGGUUUAGUAAACCAAAAUGUUCUCUGAGGGUGGACAUUUUGAAAGGCAUUCGACGUCGUUGGUCUCCUAGUCGGAAAGGACCACCGUUUGUCCUUCCUGACUUGGAGCUGAUUCCCUCCUCCUUCCCAAGUUCGUGAAGUUCUCUCCUUUUCAGCCAUUUGUAGGAUUUUCUGGGGUUUGGUGGUGAGCUGUAGCAGUGAUUUCUAGUGUUUUAACUUGCGGCAGGCCUUGUUAGGCUCAUUUUAAAACUACUUGAACUAAAUCUUCCAACAGUUUGUAUGAGAUACAGGAUGGUGUUACAAGUGGGGACUUGUAGAGCUGAGCUGAGGUAAAUUUGUGUAGUUUACAUAGCUAGUGAUGGGGGAGGGGCUGGGAUUAGAAUUUAUGGGCUGUGGAACUCCAAACCGCUGAGCUGGUAACCACCCGGCGGGUGUGCCUCCUGUGGUUUGUGUGGUUCAUUCCUGAAAUAGAAUCCAAUUCUGCCCCUGUUGCAUGGGCUUCUGCUUGGUGGCUCUCAAACAGGAGGUUGGGCCCAGAGCCCAAGAGACAUGGAGAAAGUUACUUUCCUACUGAUUCCCAGAGGCUUAUGUGUGGGUGGAUAGAUACUUCUUGUGGCGGAAUCGUGUUGGUUUUUAGUGAUGUGGGUUGGAGUUUCUUUUUUUUUUUUUUAAGGACCUUUCUCAUCUUAUUUUCCAUAAUCUAGCCUAGGCAGUAUUUUUUACCACAGAUUUUGGUGGGUGGUUAAAGACUAGAAGUGGCUUUCACAGCUUUGGGGGCAGGGAUGUUUUAAUGUGACUGAUCCUGGGGGUUGAGUAGUGGGGACAGUAAUGCUUGGCAGAGUUUGUUGCACAAGGGAAAGGGGAAAGAAACAUGCCAAGAGAACAUUGUGAUUCAGGCUGCAGCAGAAAACUGAGCCCUUUCUGCCAGUGCUGUCCUGUUUCCAUCCCAGUCUUUUCCCCCAUUUUCUUGACCAGUGGGAAGAGAAAAAUUCUAGCAGGAAUGAAAUGUAAGGUGUGGGGCAUGCCUUGUCUUCCAUUCUGUCUUCCUCAGAAACUACAGCAAGAGGAGAACUACGAUGACCCACACAAAACCCCUGCCUCCCCAGUUGUCCACAUCAGGGGCCUGAUUGACGGCGUGGUGGAAGCUGACCUUGUGGAAGCCUUGCAGGAAUUUGGACCCAUCAGCUAUGUGGUAGUAAUGCCUAAAAAGAGACAAGCGUUGGUGGAGUUUGAAGACGUGUUGGGGGCUUGCAACGCUGUGAACUACGCGGCCGACAACCAGAUCUACAUUGCUGGCCACCCAGCUUUUGUCAAUUACUCUACCAGCCAGAAGAUCUCCCGCCCUGGGGACUCAGAUGACUCCCGGAGCGUCAACAGUGUGCUUCUCUUUACCAUUCUGAACCCGAUCUAUUCCAUUACCACGGAUGUUCUUUAUACUAUCUGCAAUCCUUGUGGUCCUGUCCAGAGAAUUGUUAUUUUCCGGAAGAAUGGAGUCCAGGCCAUGGUGGAAUUUGAUUCUGUGCAGAGUGCCCAGCGGGCAAAGGCCUCGCUCAAUGGGGCUGACAUUUAUUCAGGCUGCUGCACUCUGAAGAUUGAAUAUGCGAAGCCCACACGCUUGAAUGUGUUCAAGAAUGAUCAGGAUACUUGGGACUACACAAACCCCAAUCUCAGUGGACAAGGUGAUCCUGGCAGCAACCCUAAUAAACGCCAGAGACAGCCCCCUCUCCUGGGAGAUCAUCCCGCAGAAUAUGGAGGGCCCCACGGUGGGUACCACAGCCAUUACCAUGAUGAGGGCUACGGGCCCCCCCCACCUCACUACGAAGGGAGAAGGAUGGGCCCACCAGUGGGGGGUCACCGUCGGGGCCCAAGUCGCUACGGCCCCCAGUAUGGGCACCCCCCACCCCCUCCCCCACCACCCGAGUAUGGCCCCCACGCCGACAGCCCUGUGCUCAUGGUCUAUGGCUUGGAUCAAUCUAAGAUGAACUGUGAUCGGGUCUUCAAUGUCUUCUGCUUGUAUGGCAAUGUGGAGAAGGUGAAAUUCAUGAAAAGCAAGCCGGGGGCCGCCAUGGUGGAGAUGGCUGAUGGCUAUGCUGUGGACCGGGCCAUUACUCACCUCAACAACAACUUCAUGUUCGGGCAGAAGCUGAAUGUCUGUGUCUCCAAGCAACCAGCCAUCAUGCCCGGGCAGUCCUACGGGCUAGAAGACGGGUCGUGCAGUUACAAAGACUUCAGCGAAUCCAGGAACAAUCGGUUUUCUACCCCGGAGCAGGCAGCCAAGAACCGCAUCCAGCACCCGAGCAACGUGCUGCACUUUUUCAAUGCUCCUCUGGAGGUGACUGAGGAGAACUUCUUCGAGAUCUGCGACGAGCUGGGAGUGAAACGGCCAUCUUCUGUGAAAGUAUUCUCAGGCAAAAGUGAGCGCAGCUCCUCUGGGCUGCUGGAGUGGGAAUCCAAGAGUGAUGCCCUGGAGACUUUGGGCUUCCUGAAUCAUUACCAGAUGAAAAACCCAAAUGGUCCAUAUCCUUACACUCUGAAGUUGUGUUUCUCUACCGCUCAGCACGCCUCCUAAUAGGUGACCCAGAAGAGUCCCAUCUGAGCAGGAAAAUGUUUGUCUUUCCUUUAUGCUGUUGUUUUGUUUUGUUUCUGGGUUUUUUUUUUUUUCCUUUUUUUUUUUUUUUUUUUUUUUUGCAAAAGUUCCUGUAUUCCUUUUUUUUAAUGCUAGGUUAGUGGGCUUAACCAUAACGGAAAUGCUGGAAGUCUGGAGGGGGAGGGGAAGGGGACCUGAUAUCUCCCAAGAUUAAUGUUCACUUUUUAAAAAAUUAUUGUACGUGUGAUUUUUUUUUUUUUUUUCCUGUUCAUACAUUUGUGCUGCCUGUGUACUCUUGGCACAUUUCAAUAAAAUUGUUUGAAAAAUAAACAUUGCGCUUACUGGGA